AUGCAUAACGAAACCUCAUCAGAGAAAUGGAUGGGCAUCUUAAACGAUGAUGAAGCACAGGGCUCUCGGUCUGCCUCUGCUGCUCUCCUCGGAGAUCACGAGGGCAAUGUCGCAGGCGGUUUGUUGAAGGAAGAUACACGUGCGCGUCAGAAAUGGGAUAAACGGCUACUUUCGUGGUUUCUGACUCGGCCGAGGACUUUGCGACGGAAACUACGAAGGAACCCGGUUGGGUUUAUAACCGCCUUUCUCAAAUACAUAAUCUUGUUUAUAUGUAUACUGCUCAUUGGAACACCGAUCGUUGCUCCAUCUUACACUCGGCCCCCUCAGCACUACCGAGAGUUAGAGGCUAGGUGCCGCGGACCCUUUCGGCAACCUGGGUGCGCCAACCUCAACAACGAACAAAUCUUCAUUGCCGCCUCCUUGUAUGAUAAGGAUGGUCAUUUAGUUAAUGGGCUCUGGGGCGAGCGUUUGCUGGAAGUAAUUCACUUGCUCGGGGAUAACAAUGUCUUCCUAAGCAUCUACGAAAACGACAGCGGCCCUGAAGGCGCCGCGGCUCUCGAAAACUUGAAACGACAGCUCAGAUGUCGGUACACGAUCAUAAACGACCCCCAUGUGCCAUUGUCCGACUUCCCAACCGUUACCCUGCCUGACGAUACGAAGCGAGUGAAGCGUAUAGCUUACCUCGCCGAAAUGCGAAACCGGGCUUUACGACCACUGGACCUCUUUGAUCCGAAUAAUAAUAAUGGCACGAUCCAGUACGAUAAGGUCUUGUUUUUGAACGACAUUUCCUUUCUGCCGAUGGAAGCAGCACAACUACUAUUCAGUACCAAUCUCCAAUCAGAUGGUCAGACGCAUUAUCUAACAGCUUGCGCCUCUGACUGGUACACGCCGUUCAAAUUCUACGAUCUCUACGUUACCCGUGAUUUCGACGGGUUCUCUACUGGGUUGCCCAUUUUCCCCGUGUUUUCCAAUGUCGGGAGAGGUGUCUCGAGAGCUGCGAUGAUCGCCCAGAAAGAUGCCGUCCCCGUACAGGCUUGCUGGAGCGGCAUGGUAGCAAUGCAGGCGAAAUAUGUACAGAAUAUGAAUGAAUCCUUGCCGGAUCCUCAUUUUCAGGAUAUUGGUAGCCACGACAUUAAUCCUGAUAGUCCACAUCAGGUGACUGCUCCAGUUCGAUUCCGUCACGAGCCAGAGGUCUUCUACGACGCUUGUGAGUGCUGUUUGUUCGUCGCCGAUGUUGCUACAGUGGCGAGAAAGGCCCAGGAGCAAGAAUUGGGAAUAUAUUUGAAUCCUUAUAUACGAGUUGCGUACGAGGAAAGCACCCUUUAUUGGGUUCGAUGGGUUCAGAAAUGGGAGCGUUUAUUGAGCAUUCCGCAUACUAUCGGUUCAUUCUUCGUGUCGCGACCAACGAACAACCCACACCGCACGGUUCAAGAGGGCGAUAACUUUACAGAGGAAGUAUGGGUGGGCGCGGGUGAUGCUGGCCAUUGGGAGCUAGUACAGCGGGAAGGGCGGAAUGCUAUGUUUUGUGGCGUGAGAGAAUUUCAGGUCAUAAAUCCUGAUAAGCGUGAGGGAGACAAGAACUGGCGAAAUAUCAAAAUUCCCGGUGGCCAAACAUUCCACUUCCCCACAGAAGCAGGGGAGGCGCAACGCGCUGGUGAGAAGUGGGACCCCGAUGUAUACUGGGAAGUGAGAGACGCGGCUCGAGCAGCGGCCGAGAAAGCGCGUAAACAGAAGCUUGACGCCUAUUCGAAGUCUUCUAACCCAUCUAAGUGA